AUGUUUAAACGAUCCUUUUCUUUGACAAGAAUCCAACAUAUCAAGAGGUUGCAAUCAUCAUCAUCAUCUGUACCAAAGUAUUCUACUUCAUUUUUGAACAGUAAUGUUAGUAAAACAACUGCAAGACGCAGCACAUCUUUUUUAAACGGCCAUCCUGCAGCUAUUGAUACCAGCAAUAAGGUAAAUCCAGACGAAAAAAGUCAUUUUGAAACUUUGGCACCAACAUGGUGGGAUUCAAAAGGGUCACAAAGAAUAUUACAUUUGAUGAAUUUAGCCAGAAUGGACUUUAUUAAUGAAAUUUUACGUAAUUAUAAAGUUCAAUUGAAUGCUAAUAAUAGCAAUGGUUCCAAGAAUGAUAUCGAUACAGAUUUAUAUAUACCUCGAUUCACCACGUCAGUUUUUCCCACAGAGAUUAAGAAAAAUAUUGAAAAUGAACUAAAUGCAGCGAUUUAUAAAGAACUACAGAAGUCAGAAUUGACUGUGUUAGAUGUAGGCUGCGGUGGUGGUUUGUUAUGCGAAAGUCUGGCUAGAUUACCAUUUAUUAAAAAAAUUGAUGGGAUUGAUAUGACACCAGCCGUUAUUAAUAUAGCCAAGCAACACCAAUCAUUAGAUCCGGUGUUAGCUGAGAAAUUAACCUAUGCAGUCAGAUCCAUAGAUGAACAAAAGGGACAAUACGAUAUUGUUACUAUGUUUGAAAUGUUGGAACAUGUUGACGAUCCAAAGGAGAUUUUGAUUAGCGGUUGGGAACAUGUUAAAUCAAACGGUGGUAUUUUAUUUUUAAGUACAAUAAACAGAGAUUUAAUAUCUUGGUUUACCACAAUUUUCAUGGGAGAGUAUGUUUUGAAAGUGGUUCCACUUGGUACACAUCACUUGUCCAAAUAUAUUAAUUCUAGAGAAAUCAUUGCUUGGUUUAAAGAAAUGUAUCCGCUGUCUCAUGAAGUUUUACAGGUUAAAGGAACCAUGUAUAUACCUGGUAAAGGCUGGGUAAACCAUGAUUGCUCUAAUGUAGGUAAUUAUUUAAUGGCUAUACAAAAGAAAUGA